AUGGGCAACGUGAUUUAUCCACUGUGGGCGGAAUGUCCGAUGCUGACAAGGAUGGUCGUUGCAGGCUAUCCUGUGAUGUCCUUCGCGGUCCUAAUGAUCGCGUCGGCUUCGGAGACCACUGCCUGGCUUGUGGACGGUUUCUUUCACUGUAGCAUAGCCAAUCUGAUGGAACUGAAGUUAUGGACGCUGCUUUGGGGUCCCUUCUAUGUUGAGCUUUCGAGUGGCAUGGCUUUUGUCAUGAUCCUCUUCGAGAUGUACAUGGCAAUGAGCCACUUCCCCGCACAAGAGAAGGAGAUGGGAUCGACGACCUUCCUGCUCUGGAUGUUUCUGAUCAACACUCUCACAAGUCUGCUUUAUCUGCCAGUUAUGUUUUGCCUUGGCAUGUACUACCACAUGCAGCCGUACUAUUACCACCAGAGUUUGCGUGGGCUUUGGCCGAUGAUCAUGGUCUGCUUGACAUUGUCGGCUCUUAGCAACCCAGACAGCUCGACGAACUUCUGGGGCCUGGUCAAGAUUCCGAACAGGUGGUACCCCCUUGCAUUAACGGGUCUUUUCAUGCUCCUCAACGGCAAGAUCAUGUGGAACUUUCUGGUGGCGCUGGCCAUCGGCUACGGCUACCCAAAGCUGCGCCUCGAGCGGCUGCUUCCGUCGAAAACCCGCGUGGAUCGCCUCGAGCAGAAGUGCUGCAGAGGAGGUCGCUGCCAGCUGCUCGGAACUUCUUGGAUCCCAGCUGCAACAACAUCUUCGUACGAUCUUGAUGUGCAGAUUGAUCGGCGCUACAGAAACUUCUCUGACUUCGGAAACACUGACGCCACCAACUCCACGACAGCAACGAGCGGUGCUGCAGGAGGCCAGUUCGUGGCCUUCGGAGGCAGUGGCAACCGUCUUGGCGAGGCUCCGGCUACAGAGAUGGAGGCGCGUCCAGCAACUGAGCCUUCCGGCCAGCCGUGA